UAUAUCACAUAUAAACUCUUACAAAGAAACAAGGUGAAGCUCUUAUCUUUACAUGGUGUAGCUUCCCUCCACAAACCUUUGAAAAAAAAUAUUUCCACUUUCAGGGUUUUAUUUGUUGCUAUGGCGGCAGCGCUAUCCGCAAUGACUUCAAUUUCUCCUCCAAAAUCAAAACCCAAUGGAAAAAUCUCAAGAAUUGAGUUGGAGCCCAUAAACCCAGCACAAAACCCCCUUUCACUUCUACCCAAGUGCGCCUCUUUGAAAGAACUAAAGCAAUUCCAAGGCCUUGCAAUCAAAACCCAUCUCCAAAAUGACCUCACUGUCCUCACCAAGCUCAUCAAUUUCUGUACCAAAAACCCAACUUUCACCUCCAUGGAAUACGCCCACAAACUAUUUGACAAAAUUUCCCAACCUGAUAUUGUCCUUUUCAACACCAUGGCUCGUGGCUAUUCCCGCUCCAAAACCCCAAUCCAAGCCAUUCCCCUCUUUUGUCAGCUUCUUUCCUUUGGUUUCCUGCCUGAUGACUACACUUUCCCAUCUGUUCUUAAAGCUUGUUCAAGUGCUAAAGCCUUGGAAGAAGGUAAACAAAUUCAUUGCCUUGUUACCAAACUUGGGCUUAAUCAUAACGUUUACGUAUGUGCCAGCCUUAUUAGUAUGUAUACUGAGUGUAAUGAUGUGGAUUCGGCUCGCAGAGUCUUUGAUAAGGUGUUGGAUCCUUGUGUUAUUUCGUAUAAUGCUAUUAUUACUGGUUAUGGUAAAUGUAGCAGACCAAAUGAGGCUUUGCCGUUGUUUCGUGAAUUGCAAGUUAAAAGUUUGAAGCCUACUGAUGUUACUAUGUUGAGUGUUCUGUCUUGUUGUGCUUUGUUAGGAGCGUUGGAUUUGGGGAAGUGGAUACAUGAAUAUGUUAAGAAACAUGGGUUUGAUAAUUUUAUUAAAGUGAGCACCGCAGUUAUUGAUAUGUAUUCCAAGUGUGGGAGCUUGGAGGACGCAAUUUGUGUUUUUGAGAGCAUGAGUGUAAGAGAUACACCGGCUUGGUCAGCAAUGAUUGUGGCAUAUGCAACCCAUGGGAAGGGUUAUAAAGCCAUCGAAACAUUUGAAGAGAUGAGAAAGGCAGGGGUGCAACCCGAUGAGAUCACGUUUUUAGGUCUCUUAUAUGCUUGUAGUCAUAAUGGACUCGUGGAAGAAGGUUGGAGGUAUUUUUCUAGGAUGAGUGAUAAGUACGGCAUUUUUCCUGGGAUUAAGCAUUAUGGAUGCAUGGUUGAUUUACUUGGUCGAACAGGACACUUAGAUGAAGCUUAUAAGUUCAUUGAUGAAUUGCCAAUCAAGCCUACACCAAUAUUAUGGCGAACAUUGUUAGCUGCUUGCAGUAGUCAUGGUGAUGUGGAAUUAGGAAAGAGGGUGACUGAACGAAUUUUUGAACUAGAUGACUCUCAUGGUGGAGAUUAUGUAAUCUUAUCCAACUUAUGUGCAAGAGCUGGGAGAUGGGAAGAUGUUGAUGUCCUAAGGAAAUUGAUGAAAGAUAGAGGGGUGGUAAAGAUUCCUGGUUGUAGCUCCAUAGAGGUGGACAAUAUAGUGCAUGAAUUCUUCUCUGGGGAUGGGGUGAAUACUGAGUCAACAUCUGUGCAUAAAGCACUCGAUGCGUUAAUGAAGGAAUUGAAGAUGGUUGGCUAUGUACCUGAUACUUCUCUAGUUUUUCAUGCAGAAAUUGGUGAAGAAGAGAAAGAAAUUUCACUUAGAUAUCAUAGUGAGAAAUUGGCCAUUACAUAUGGACUCCUAAACACUCCCCCUGGAUCAACAAUUCGUGUGGUAAAGAACCUACGCAUCUGUGGGGAUUGCCAUGCUGCAGCUAAACUUAUAUCACAUAUCUUUGGUAGGCAGAUAAUUCUCAGAGAUGUCCAACGAUUCCAUCACUUCAAAGAUGGAAAGUGCUCUUGUGGGGAUUUCUGGUAACAGAGUUUCUUGAACUCAAUGUGUAAAAUAAUCACUGGAGAAGGAGACUCCCUGGUGUUGCCCUGUGAGAGAAUUACUACCAACAACUGCAGUGUUUUAACCGAAAAUUCAUUGGUCAUGAUUUGUGCUAUGCAAGAAAAGAGCUAUCUGGGUUGAUUCCAGUUAUUUGUGUUCCAUAAGCCAAUGACGUUUCAUUUCAGAAGUUGGGCGUAGUGGUCUUGGACAUUUGGAGUUCCAAGACUCGAAAACUCGAAGUUCCCUUUGUAUGCACUCCUUAAUAUAGCUGCUUAUGUAAAGGCUAAUGUUUCAUUCAUUGUAAUUCCUUUGAUACCGUGAAUAAUAUCCUAAGGACUUUGUGAACCAAUCAAAAUGGAUUCAAAGUCUCAUCGUGUUGAGCUACAUGUUCAAAACAAAAAAGUACUUACUAAACAGUUAGAAUAAGAACAUUUUAUUCUUCAUUUUAAUAUC